GGACGGCGCCACCCUCUAUGGGCCCCGCCGGCUCCUCAGCCCCGGCACGAUCGUUCCGCCUUGGGGCGGGUGUCGGGGCGGUGUCGCCAUGAUCUGCCUGGUGCUGGGCCUCUUCGCCGGCCUCUUCCAGAGCGCCUGCAGCGGGGCCAACGAGCGCACCUUCGUGGCCAUCAAACCGGACGGGGUCCACCGGCGCCUGGUCGGGGAGAUCAUCCGGCGGUUCGAGAGGAAGGGCCUGCAGCUGGUGGGCAUGAAGCUCCUGCAGGCCUCGGAGGAGCUGUUGAAGGAGCACUACGUCGCCCUGCGUGACCGUCCCUUCUACGGCCGGCUGGUGAAGUACAUGAGCUCUGGGCCCGUGGUGGCCAUGGUCUGGCAGGGCCUGGAUGUGGUCAAGACAGUUCGCACAAUGAUUGGGGAGACUAACCCAGCCGAAUCCCGGCCUGGCACCAUCCGAGGAGACUUCUGCGUUGAAGUCAGCAAGAAUGUGAUCCAUGGCAGCGACUCGGUUGAGAGUGCCCAGCAGGAGAUUUCCCUCUGGUUCCGCCCGGAGGAGCUGACUUGCUGGGAGGACACGGCCGAGCACUGGAUCUACGCAUGACAAGAACACUCUGAGGGAAAUACAUUUUCCUGACCGGGCACGAGGCGUCUCCAUCCCAUUCCAUCGCAGCCACUCGGGCUGGCUGUGGAUCCUGCCAUGGCGUCAUGUGCUGUGGGGGGGUUUGUUCUGCGUGUGGGUGGAGGGGUCCUGGGAGCUGGUUUUUGUGUGUAGCUCUGCGGUUCACCUCCCUGCAGUAGCAGCUAUUUAUUUUUUUUUGUUCUCUGUUAUAGUAAGUAGUUGGUAUUGUUGCUCUGUUUGCUGCAGCAUCUUAAAUCCCAGAUAGCUCAAGGUGAUUUAUUGAAGGAAAGUGAAAACUGGGCUCUGUUCUCCUUGCCACUGGGAGAGGUGCUCUGGCCACCACAAGGUGAUGUGGUCAGUAUCGUCUGCCUGCAUUUCUGUAAGGUUCUUCAAAGGCUUUUACAGAAUUCGGCUGCUUUGGGACAAGGGGGGAAGCUCCCCCCCUGGGGUAAGACCUGGGUCCAAGACAAGGAGUGAAGGACAGGACAAACUCGCUCGCCCUUGGUGGGAGUUCUGUCGCAUGCUGUACCUCCGUGGUGACUGACACGCGCUCGUGAAGCUGUAGCACUGCGCAAACCACAGGAAUAGAAGGGGGAGAGUGAGGUGGGGAAGGAUUUGUAGAUUUGGGAUCGAGGAGGACUGUUUAGUGCAGGCUGCGGAGUUCUGGCACCGAGCUCUGGGAGAUCCUGAGAGCUUCCUUGUCUGAUGGUGGAGCUUCCCUGCAGGGAGGGUUUUGGGAACAGUUGGACACCACCCUUGCUGUCCCAAAAGCAGGCAGAUCAUUUACCCAGUGUGCAGUACGCCGAUAUACACACAGAACAGAGGUAUUUUAUUUAUUUCAUGUCUGCGCAGAGAUGAGUGCUAGGUGGUAAUUCCACAAAGCUAGCACACCACGCACAGAAACUACAACAUAUUUAUCUUGAUACAGGAUUAGAAAAACCCACCUAAAUUUAUGUUAAUUGGUUAGUAAUUACUGCAUCAUCUGCUAUUGGUUAAACAUAUUUAAAUUAGCACACAUGCUCCUUGAGGAGGUGGGGGGGUAAUUUGCAUAGUCCUUUAAUUGAGUAGGUGGUCCUGAUCUCCCCCUGCCCCCUUUACCUUUCCCCCAGUUACUGCAGAUUUUUGGCAAUCACCCAGCUCUCGGUGCUUUCUGGGGCAGGAUGUUUCCUUUUCAUCAGUCUCAGCUCCUCUUCAAGGAUAGCUGGUAGCAAGACGUGUUUUAUCACUUUCUGCUCUUCAUGGGAAUAGUCGUUAGCAAAGCAAUGCAGUGUAUUUAACCCUAAAUUAAACAGUGCCUAAGCACUAACCCGAACACAUUUCUGUCCCUGUAAAGUGGAAAAUUCUACUUUACAGAUAUCACCUUAAACCUGGAACAUCAAACUCCUCCGAGCUCCCUGCAUAGCCUUACCGGAGUGUAAGGGCAGGGCCAGCACCGCUGCGCCCAGCUGUAGAACAGUUUAAUUCCCCAGAUUAAACGCAGGGAACAAGAGUAAACUCACCUCCAGGCCGGUCCUGAGCACGGUGCUGAGCAGGGAAGCGACACAGGAAUCGGCACUGAGGGGACCGGGGGUCUCCAGCUGCUGCAGCCAGAACUCCUCCUGCUUCAGGACCUUCUCCCAGCAGCCAUUUGGAUUCCCCUUGUUCCCAUAACUCCACCAUUUGCUUUAAUAAUAAUAAACUCCGGAGUCCCGUUGUCUCUC